UCGUUUCAAUCAGCGCCCUCUACCCACCUUUAAUUUGUUGUGUUUACGCUUUUAAUUAGAGUGAUUUUAAAUUUUAAAGGAUUAGUUAAGAUGCGUUCUCCUCCUCCCUCUUCAAAUAUUACGUCGGCGCCCAAGUUACUUUAUUAAUAGUCCUGAAAACCGGAAGAAACUCAACAUUCCUAAUUAAAUAACCCGCCACACAAGCACACAACAAUGAACAAACUACUAUCGUUCCCAUGGAAACACAACAAAACCAAACACCAAGGAAGGAUGGAAAAGGACAAAGAAAAAGAAGAACCACUUCCUCCUCAGAUUCCACUCGAAACCCACCAACAACAAGGUAUAAAGGUUAUUUCACACUAAACACUUUUCUCAGACGAGUUUUACUUUCGUCGAAGCGAAAACGCAACUUUAAUAAUAAUAAUUUUAAUUAACUUUUUAAAUUUGGCAAGCUUUAAAUAAAAGCUGUCAGUGUCAAAAAAGGAUUGUGUCAAUUUUUAAAGUGUCGGGUUGUUGUGUGUUGUGCCAUGUGGUCGAAACGGCUUCUUUUGGUAUGAAAAUACUGCGCUAAAUGGAGGAAAUCGAAACGUUACAGUCUCCUUCCGACGUAAGCUUGGAAUUAGUUCCUUGCGCGAUAUGUUCCCGAACGUUUCUCCCAGCUUCACUAUUAAAACAUAGCAAAGUUUGCGAAAAGAAUGCCAGGAAGAAAAGGAAGAUUUUUGAUUCGUUAAAACAACGCAUUGAAGGAACCGAUUUGGCCGAAUUCCAUCAAAAAUCGUACUUAAAAAGUAAACAACACGAAGAGCCCGAGCCGAAAUUGAUUAAAAAUAAUUGGAAGCAAAAACACAUGCAAUUAGUGGAAGCGAUUCGAGCUGCGAAAGGAACGAACAACGAGCAAACCGAAAACAACGAGAUGAAAUACCAAAAAAGGAAAUCGGCUAAUAUCGGAACCCCAACGAACACUCGGUGUCCAUCUUGCGACCGGAAUUUUGGGCCAAAAGCUUACGAUAGACAUGUGGAAUGGUGUAAAGAGAAACGAACCUCAGAAAUUCACAAAUCCCCGGCGAGUAUGCUUGCAAAGGAACGCUUAGAAGCUCGAAUUAAAUAUAAGGUGCCCCCGUUGUGCAAAGCAAAGAAGAUUACGGUUAAAGAAAAAUAUUCUCCAACUCAAAAUAGCCCCAGAAACAUGAAAAGCGCCAGCGCUUGCACAUUAGAUAGAAGCCCGAGUGUGCGAAAAUCAAAAAAUUCCAUCCAACGAGGAGGCGAUAGCUCGCAAGACGAGUAUUUAGAGAAAAAAGUCGGCGAUAUCGGAGUUAAACAAGUUGUGAGUGAGCGAAUUUUAAAGGAUGAAGUGAAAAAUCAAAACAGUAAAUACGACCCAUUUGUAUCCGCGGAAAGGCAAUUUAUGGAACUUUUAGAAUGCGACGAUUUCAAACCAUUUAAACCAACAAAAACAUCACCGAUUACACCGAAAUUACAAUCACCAAAACCAACUCAAAAACUCCACCAAAAAAUUCAUUACCACCAAGAUAAACAAAAACUAGAAAAAUCUAAAAAUGCGAUUCCGAAUAAUAAAAGGGCUUCGGUGAUCGACCCCCCUUUAGAUUUUCGCGAUCGAUUAUCAAUGUUAAACGAUGAUUUCGAUUUAAUUGAAAAUUUAAUCAACGAAAAUUUCACGAAAACAACAACUUUCCACAAAAACAAUGAGGUUAAUAAAAAAUUAAACGUGUUUAGUCAAAAAUUUUCUGAUGAAUUAAACACCAUCGAUCCAAAAUUAAUCAACGAAACCGAUAAUUUGUCUAUUCCGGAUCAUUUUGAUCAAAACUACGAGGGUUCUCCCACUUCAACAUCGACAUUAAACUGUUUUGACACCUUUCUAAACGGGACUGAGAUUAAAUUGAAUGAGUCAAUGUCGAUGUUGGAGGAUGUAAGUAAUAGUUUUUUGGAGGAUAAAGAUUUAGAUGAAGUUUUAAUCGCUUUAAAAAGUCCCGAUACAUACGAUAAGCAACGCAAAGUCUCCGAAAAGGUUUCGAAACUGCCGAAAAAAAGCAGCGAUAAAAGUAAAUUGUUAAAUUCUAGUGCUGGGUGUUCUGCGAAGAAAAAAAAUUUGUCUUCGUUGAAGCGAUCCAUUUCACUGCUAGAUCAAAAGCCGAAACCUUUAAAAAAUAAACAAGAUGUUCAAAAUUAUUUCAAUGAGCAAGAAAAAAAUAGUGCGAAAGUGAUUAUUCACUCAAUUGAGGCUCAAAAACCUCCCCCGUUAAUAAUGAACGAUGAAUUAUUCUCAGUUGAUGAUGAUAUGUACGAAGAAUACAAAAAAUACGAAGAGCUAUAUUUAAAAGAACGAGAAGAAGAGUUACGUAAAGAAGAAAUUGAUGAAGAAGAUAAUCGUAAUUCAAAAAUUAGUGCUGAUUCAGCUUAUGGAAGUUUAACCAGAAAAUCGACUCCAAAAACUCGAGCUCGAUCGACAAAAUUAGCCCCGUUAGAUAAACAUAAAAUCCUACCUGAUAGCCCGUCUUCAAGUAGCUCAGAAUCAUCUCCAAUCCCUUCAAACGUGCCAUUAAAGAUGUCGAAGUUUUGUCACGAAUGUGGGAGUAAAUAUCCGUUGGCUGCGGCUAAGUUUUGUGUUGAAUGUGGGAUUAAAAGAUUAGUUCUUUAAAUCGCCCUGGAAUAAGAUAAAAUGAAAGUAUUAAAAAAAACAUUUUUAUUUUCGCCUUUUUUAACGUCGUUUUAUCCAAGUUGUUUUUUAACCCCCAAAAAAAGAAUAAUUGUUAUUCUAAUCUAACUUUUUUUUUUGUAUAAUUUUUUAUUAUAAUGGUUGUAAUAAAAAUAAAAGAUAAAAAAAAUUGAAGUAUGUGUGUGUAAAUAAUUUGGGUUGAUGCAAAAUGUAUUAAUUAUUAUUAAUAAACUUACUUUAAAUAA